GCUGGAGAUGAGCGCUGAAGCGGAGGGGCCGUCGCAGGCGGAUGGUGCCGGCGCGGACAGCACGAGGUGACGCCGCCUCAGGAGAGUGUGGGCUGCUGCUGGCAGCUACAGGAUGAAGUCGCCUCCCUGCUGCAUGUCUCUUUCUUCCCAAGCAUCCCUGGACGAACCAGGGAGUAGCAUGUCCCUGGGUUCGCUGAACUCCAGUGUUUUCUCCAGUGAGGAAGAGCAGGGGCCCCUGCUCCAGAAGGUCAUUCCCCCCUUGGACUGCUUUACUAUCAAUGUAGGAGGCAGCCGCUUUGUGAUGUCCCAGCAAACUUUGUCUUGCUACCCUGACACCCGCCUUGGCAAACUGGCUGUAGUGGUCUCUGCUGCCCGGGAUGUGGCCUCUGGCCUCCUUGAGCUUUGUGAUGAUGCCAACCUUGUGGAGAAUGAAUAUUUCUUUGAUCGGAGCUCACAGGCAUUUCACUACAUCCUGAAUUACUACCAGACAGGGAGGCUGCAUGUCAUGGAGCAGCUUUGUGCACUCUCCUUCCUGCAAGAGAUCCAAUACUGGGGUUUGGAUGAGCUCAGCAUUGAUUCCUGCUGCAGAGACCGGUACUUCAGGAGAAAGGAGCUGAGUGAAGCCUUAGACAUCAAGAAAGAUGCAGAAGAACUGGAUGCCCAAGAUGAAGAAGAGGACUUUUCUGGUACCCUCUGUCCCAAUGUCAGACAGAAACUUUGGGAAGUUUUGGAAAAGCCUGGCUCCUCUGCAGCAGCCAGGACUUUUGGCACUUUGUCCAUGGUUUUUGUUGUUGUGUCCAUUGCCAACAUGGCUUUGAUUUCAGUAGAGCUAAGCUGGCUGGCACCACCACUACUGGAUGCCCUCGAGUACCUGUGCAUUGCCUGGUUCACAGUGGAGUUUGUUCUGAGGUUCCUGUGUGCACGAGAUCGGUGUCGCUUCCUGAGGAGUGUGGCAAACAUUAUAGACCUCCUUGCUAUUCUGCCAUUCUACAUCACCCUGCUGGUGGAGAGCCUGUGUGGUGGUGAGAGCUCCCAAGAACUGGAGAACGUGGGACGUAUUGUCCAAGUGCUGAGACUGCUCAGAGCCCUGCGGAUGUUGAAGCUGGGAAGGCAUUCAACAGGCUUGCGCUCUCUUGGGAUGACUAUCGCUCAGUGCUAUGAGGAGGUUGGCCUUCUGCUGCUUUUCCUCUCUGUAGGAAUCUCUAUAUUUUCCACUGUGGAGUACUUUGUUGAGCAAGGUGUGCCGGGCACCACUUUCACAAGCGUACCUGGUGCUUGGUGGUGGGCAACAACUUCCAUGACAACAGUUGGUUAUGGUGACAUUAGACCAGACACUACCAUUGGUAAGGUAGUAGCCUUUAUGUGUAUUCUGUCAGGAAUACUGGUUUUGGCUUUGCCAAUAGCUAUAAUAAAUGACCGUUUUUCUGCCUGUUAUUUUACACUGAAGAUAAAAGAAGCUGCUCUUCGGCAGCGCGAGGCUUUAAAGAAACUCAUGAAGAACUCAUCCAGCGAUUCAAAUAUCAAUGUCAAUUUGCGAGACGUGUAUGCACGCAGUGUCAUGGACAUGUUGCGGUUAAAAAGCAGAGAGAGAGCAAGUACAAGGAGCAGUGGUGCAGAUGAUUUUUGGUUUUGAAGUUAUUUAACCUUGUAUAGCACAUAGACCAAUUCAAAAAUGUAGUAUUAAGUGUCUCCUUUUUUAUUAUUCACCACAUAGUGUAUUUGCUUUUCCAGGUGAAGUUUUACUUACUUGGAUGUACUGAAAUAACAAUUAUAUACAAAAGGUAGAAUUCAUAACAUGAAAUCUCUCAAUGAGCUCUAAAACCUGCUCUCAGAACUGGAUUGUGGUGGGUGAAUUGGGAAAUAAUAGAUCCUUGAAAGUAAAACAAUGAUGCAAUGAUUUGUCCAUUCUUAUAUCCCUGCUAAUGUAUAGUAAUAAAGUCUUGAUGAAAAUUGCCACAGUGUUUUGAAUUUUAAACAUCUAGGUUUUGUAAUUGCACUGGGAGAACAAAAGUCAAAGUCGUUCAGGAAGACUGAAAGGGGAAGUCCAAGAAAGUGAAAUGUUGAAUAAAUUUAGGAUGACAUUUCUAUAAGAAGCUUAAUUUUGAUGUCUUUUCUUACACCGAUCUUCUACUCCAUUUGCAUGAAAAAAAGGUUAUUAGACCAGAGCAGUGUGGCAGGGAGUUAGGGGAUUGGAGUGCAUGGGUUUGAAAUUUUCUCAUUUGAAGAGAAGCAAGUGGCUACCAGAUACAUAAGGGGUAUCAGGAGACAGGUGAAAAUAUUAAGUAGAUGCAAGAUCUGUAGCAAAGUACAAAAUAGUCGUGAAAUAAGUACCAUACUAUAGAGCAUCAUCUGUAUUUGCUUCAGAAGUUGCAGGAGCUAAUACAGCCUUUGCAAUAUACAAGUAAUUUACAAACUUAAUUUGAACUAUACCUUCUUUAUGUGUUUUAAUUUCCAUGACUUAUUUGUGUAGCUAAACAGUUUUUGUGCUCAAGUAAAGUUACCAUUGGAUAGCAGAAGAAACAGAAAUUGUAAAAGAUAAAAAGCUACUCAUUUCUCUGUCUCCCAUUAAAAUCAGUAGGUAUUCCAAGUGGGUCUGAUUUUUUAAAAGUUAAUCAUCUUCACCGACCCGUUAUUAAAAAAAUACUUCAAUAAAAUCUUUUGUUCCAAAGGAAAAAUGAGUACUUGUUGGACUGAAUGCUUACUCUAAUGCAGUACGGAAAGUAAAAAAGUUAUACAACCAAAGGGAUUUUCAGUCCAGUUUCCCACCAUUUACCUCUACCGUGGCCCAAGACCAUUCUUAGCAAACAAAGCUUUUCUUUAAUAUAAUUUCACUGUUCUAGACUAUGACAUUGCCAUAGAAUGCAUAUAACUCAACUAGUAGGUUAAAUAAAUAAAGUCACAGACCUCUCCCAUGUCCCAUUUCUUUGGGCAAUAUAAAUAAUAAAAACAGAUAUCUAUUAACCAUGGAUUAUUUAACUUUAUGUAUUUAUGUACAUAGAAGGCUUAAACUGCCUUCAAGAAUGUAUGAAUGGGUGAAAUAGCCUGCUUUUAAUAAACAUUGAAUAAUA